AUGGAAGUAUUUCAACAUAUUCAGAAUGCUAAGAAGAAUGUUGAUAAACCAGAAAUGCGUCUUCAACACUGUUGUUACGUUCAAUCAGUUGGCAAAAUUCCUAAUUAUCAAAAUAAGCUAUUAUCAAAAGAUUUUCAAUUGGAGAAAGUUGAAAAAUACCUUGAAUCAGUUAUUCUGUAUCAAAAUGUAACUCAACUUCUCAAGAAACGUGAAGAAUAUACUGUUAUUGAAGAUGAUUUCGGACCAACACUUACUCAAAUGUUGACUAAUGGAAAGAAACCAUCAUUUACAAAUCUAGUUGAAGCAUGUAGAAAAUUCGAUGGAGACGGCUUUAUCCAACUACAUCUCAUGACAAUAGAAACAUCUCAUCGUCACUUUUUGGAAAAACAUAUUAACGAAGAUGAUGCUAAAGCAUAUGCGUUUGCUAUUGCAUUUUAUACAGGUGCAUAUAGUGAGAUGCUCAGUUUGAACGCUAAUAUCUUUGCUCGUCGAUGGCAAAGAAACAAAGCAACAAAUGCAGAAAAUGUGCAAGUUGAUGAUAAUACUGCUAUGAUUAUGUAUUAUCUUAUAAAAGGUCUUUCACAUAUUAAUUUCUACUGGGGUCGAGUUGUUCGAUAUGUCAAGUUGAGUGAGAAAGAUCUUAACGAUUAUCGACCUGGAGAAGUAAUAACAUGGCUUCAAUUUAGUAGUUCUGAUAAAGGUGAUGAUCAAAAUGCCAAACAUCUUCAAUAUUUCAAAGAACGUAAUACCAAGUUUAUUAUUUAUUCAUUGACUGGUCGAAGCAUACGAGAUUUCUCAAAUUGUUCUCAAGAUGAAGAUGAAGUUCUUUUCUUACCUCAUUCAACAUUUCUUAUCGAACUUGGUCUUUGCAAAUAUGUUGUAUUAUGGGUUGAUGAUCAUAUAUUUGAUGAAUGGUGGGAAAACAAAGGACAUAUGGAAAAAGCAAGUACUCUUGGCACACAAGUCAAUGUUCAUUUCAUUCCAAAGUCUACCACUGAAUUUGCACUUGCCUUUCUUCGAUCAGAAUUUGGAAAACGAUUAAAACAUAGUGAUACUUUCCGUAUUGUCACCGAUAUGAAUCGAGAUAAUGAGAGUUCACCAAAUGAUGCUGGUGUUCGUCUUCUAUCUGAAGUGCGAAAGCUUGGCUUCAAUCAGAAAUGUCUUAUAUUUACUGGUAAUGCAUUAGAAGGACUCAGAAAAUUAAGUCAGAUCUUUCAUGGAAAUCAACUGGAUGAUAUUAAAAUAACCGAAGAUCCAGAAGAUCUAGAACAAUUUGUUCUUUUCAAAUGA